GAGCGGGCCGGUCCUGCCUGGCUGCCGCUGUGCAAGAGAAAGAGCCAGCACAGGCUUUGGCUUUGACCUUGGCUUCACUCCUGCUCUGCACCGAUGGACCAGCGGAGCCCGCAUCUACCCCCUCGCCCCAAAGCCAGACCCCAGUGACCGGCAGGAAACCAGCAUCGGGCCGCGCAUUCGUGAUCAGCUCGGCCUCGAGCCGGGGGCGGGGGGGGAAGGCAAGGCCGAUUCCCCUUUAAAUGCAAAUCCUGGCCGGGGCCGGGCCGCUCCUGACGCGGCGCCGCAGGCGGGCGCUCGGCUGCUGCCCGGGCUCCGGCGGCUCGGCUCGGCUCGGCUCGGCUCGGAGAUCAGGGCAGGGAAAGUGCCCAGACUGCACCUCUCACCAAGUGACGCAGAGCUGGCACCGUAGCUCCUAGUGGCCCCUGGCCCCAAGUGCCCAGAGGCCCACAGCUGCCGGGUGUCACCGAUCCUCAGCCCAGCCUCAGCCUGGCUGUCAAGCUCUCAGGAUGGAAGACAAGAAGAAGAAGAGGAGCCCCAAGGCUUGCCUGGCUCAGUCUGCCCCUGCCGGCGGCUUGCGCAAGCUGCCUGUCCCCACCAGCAAAAGCGCCACCUUCUCUUUGGGGCUGCCUCACCUGCCCUCACCGAAGCAGAGGGCCAAGUUCAAGAGGGUAAACAAGGAGAAGCCUCGUGCCCCGCAGCCGGGGGGUGGCGCAGGGGUGGCACUGGGGCCCCCGCUGCAGCACACCUUUCUGACGGAUGUCUCGGACGUGUACGAGAUGGAGGGCGGCCUCCUGAACCUGCUCAAUGACUUCCACUCAGGGAAGCUGCAGGCAUUCGGGAAGGAGUGCUCCUUUGAGCAGCUGGAGCACGUGCGGGAGAUGCAGGAGAAGCUGGCGCGCCUGCACUUCAGCCUGGACGUCUGCGUGGAGGAGCUGUCCGAGGACCAAAAGAAGACGGUGGCUGACAGGAACCUCGACCAGCUGCUGACCAAUCUGGAAGAGCUCAGCAACUCCAUACAAAAGCUGCACCUGGCGGAGAACUCGGACCUGGAGGACGCUUCCACGGCCUGAGUGAUGAGGCCGCCGGCCCCGCGCAGCAGGGAGCAGCUUUAGGGAGGGUCUUGGAGCCAAGGGCAAGGCCUGCACCAGCUGGGCCCCCCACUUGCAUUGCCACCUGCGAACUGCCUAGAGAAGGAGGGGGUCAAAGGGAAGUGCUCCCCAGAGGAGGGGUUUGGGGGGUGGGGUGGGGUGGGGGGAGGGGGGGCUUGCUUUCAAGUAGUCGGUGUCCAAACCCAGCAUUUCUAGAGUAGUGGAAAAGGUCAGAUGCUGGAGCGGGAACUUUACAACGCAGUCCAAGUAAGGAAAGUCUUUACAGGAAGGAAAGGAGGCGCCAGACUGCAGGGCUCUCUUCCUCCAUCUCUCACCAGCUCCCUUGGGACCUUGGGCAAGACGUGUCACCUCUGUGCCUCAGUUUCCCCCCUCUUGAAAACAGGGCGAAUGAAUCUCAGCAACCUUUGUACAGAGCGGUCGGAGACGUGCAGGUGCAACUGCCCGCCCGCCCGGCCGCUCGCUGUGCAGCGCGGCGCGGCGCGAGGGAGCCGGAGUCGGGCCUGGGGCCCCGCUGGGAGGUGUCAGUCUGGCUCCAGGGGCUCGAUCCCAGGGUUGCCCCCGGCCCCUGCUCGGUGCCCCGCCUGGCCCCAGGCACUGGAUGCGCCCCUGCCCCUUCCAGGGGCUUUGGGGACGUAUCCCCCAGUGCGGGCUGGCGCAAACCACUUGGAGCAAGCUUGGAUGCGGCGCUCCCGCAGGCCCCAGCCUCGGCCUCUGCCCCUCACCCAAACACAGGGCUGGGAGCAGGGACCGCUGCCGGGCCCUUCCCUGGGCGCGGGGGCCAGGGUGCCCCGGGGGGUGUGGGGGUGCGGCGUCCCCCUGGCUGCGGCACCCCGGGGCGAUGCCCGAGGGCGCUGGGCCCGGGUCCCUGCAGGGUGGCCACGCGCCCGCCCGCCGCCAGGGGGCGCCGCAGCGCGGGCGGGGUGGGGGCGGCCUUCUUGCCCUGCCCCUCGGCGCAGCGUGUCGCUCCGUGAUGACGCCAUCAGCCGGCGCCCGGUUGCCGGGGCAGCAGCGAUGGAGCAGGAGCUGGAGCGGCUGCGCGGGGCGGCGGCGGCGCUGCAGGUGGGCUAAUCCGGAGCGGAGCGUUCACACGGGCAGCAGCGCGCUGACGUCACGGAGUCAAAGGGAGGGGUGGGGGGAUGCGACCCUGGGGGGCUUCACGUCACUGUCACUGUCACGUGUCUGUUGUACCCCCCCCCCGCCUCCAAUAUCUUUACCUGGCAGUCGCAGGAGGGCCCGUUGUGACGUCACAUGCCAUGACGUCCUAGAAUCCGGUAUGAUGUCAUAUGCGAUGACAACGAUACACAAAACAGCGUCUGGCCCUUCUAUUAUGAUGCGAUAACAGACCGGUAGCCGCGUCUCGGCGCCGUGUGACCCUCUUCCCCAGCAGACCCCGUCUGGCGCGCUGCGCGGGCCCGGCCCAGCCCACGGGGGCCCCCGGUCCGGCUGUGCCCUGCGGGGGUGGGGGUUGAUUUUUUUUCCCCCCCGCUGCCAAAUUUCCCACCCGCCCGCCCGGGAGCCCCCGGGGCCGGAGGUCACGGCCCCGCGCGCUGCGCCGGAGGCCAAGCGCCCGCUGUUCGCCGCCGACUGUCGGUACUUUGCUGUUAUUGCUUCCACGGGUGGUCAGAACAAUCCUUUCGAUAAUAAAGAAGACUAAUUAGGA